AUGGGGUAUUGUUUGCCACGCCACAGGAAACGGUUGGGAAGGUUGGUGGAGAAGCUUCAAGUUCAUCGAAUCAAGGUCAACCACGGAAGGAGCUCAGUUGUUGAGGAAGUGAAUGUCGUGGGCAUUGAAGAUGAGGCAAAGAAAGUGGUGGGACGUCUGAUUGAAGGAGAAGAUCGUCUGAUUGAAGGAGAAGAUCGACUCACGGUUGUUUCAAUCACAGGUACAGGAGGAAUAGGUAAGACUGCUUUCACAAAGAAAGUUUACAAUAACAUCAAUGUAAAGAAGAGUUUUGAUUUUCAUGCUUGGGUGCAUGUGUCUCAAGAACAUCAAGUGCGAGAGCUUUUACUGAGUAUUAUAAAAUGCUCAAAGACGCUUUAUGGGGAAGAAAUGGAGACCAUGCUCAACGAAAGAGUUGGCACAGAAACUCUGGCAGCACUUGAAAGAGGAGAUAUCUGGAAAUAUUCAUCCCACGUGCCCUCCAAUCUAGAGAAGCUAGGGAGAGAGAUCGUUGCAAAAUGCCAUGGAUUACCUCCAGCAGUUGUCGUUCUAGGAGGUCUCCUAUUGAAAAGAGAUAAGUCGCCAAAGGAGUGGCAUAAGGUGCUUAAAAGCAUUGAAUGGUGGCUAAAUGAAAGCGAAGAUCAGAUCUUGAGCAUAUUGGCCUUAAGCUUCCAUGAUUUGCCUUAUUACUUGAAACCCUGCUUUCUUUAUUUCGGUGCUUUACCCGAAGACUCCGAAUUCUCAAUGGAUGAUUUGAUUUCCCUAUGGAUAGCUGAAGGAUUCGUGCAAGGAAGGGGAGGAGAAGAAUUGGAGGAUGUCAAAGAGGAUUACUUACAAGAGCUUGUUGACGGAAGCAUGAUUCAAGUGGUGAAACGGAGGACCAAUGGAACAGCAGAAACAUGCCAUCUCCAUGAUCUUCUAUGCAAACUCUCUAUUUCAAAAGCUAAGGAAGAUAAAUUCCUUGGUGUGUAUCGGGGCAUUGGCUCUACUUCACCAACCAUGGCACGUCGACUUGCUAUUACUCAUCCUGGAAUCGGGAGUUUCAAAUUCGUUAGGGUGAUGGAUUUAAGGGAUGCAAAUAUCUCUAGCCUACCAAAUGAAAUUGGGUAUCUAAUCCAACUGAGAUUAGAGCAAGACCCACUAGGAACACUGGAGAAGCUGUCAAACCUUCGGAUUCUCACAUUAGUUGAGCAUUGUUAUAUAGGAAAGGAAAUGGUAUGCUCUGCAGGAGGAUUUCCUCAGCUUGAAGUUGUAGGCAUCAAUGUGUUGGAUGAAACAGAGUGGAGACUGGAGAGUGGAGGAAGGAGCAAUGCCAAAUCUUAG